CACAACACUUUAGCCUCAGCCAGGUUUCCCAAUGAGGCACACCAUGACCUGGUCGACGUGUAUCAACUUUGUUUAAAAAAAAAGACGAAAAUAGUCGGAAAAAAUAACAUUGAUUUCAAUUGUUUAUAUACUUUUUAUUUAACCACGAAGUCUUGUCAUUGAGCUGAAAAAAGCAAUUAAAAAAAAAGAGCGUCGCUUUAACAGCAUUUUACAGUCACAAUGAAAUGUUAAACGCGAUACCACUCGAUGCGUUCAAGGUACAGGAAGCCACACGCAGGCACCGCGUCUCGUUUGCCCCCAGCAAUGUGCUUGUGCCACCCGGCCUUGUAGGUCAACUCCCUUACUGUCCAUCCUCGCCUGCCCCCCUCCCGUCUCCCACCCUCGAAAGACCCCCCCCCACCUCCCAGCGGCGGUCUCCUCAGUCUCUUCCUUUCUCCGGUCACCCCUGUGAUGCCUCCCUCGUGCUGUGGCUGCCUGUCACAGUACACCCAUCAUCACUUGGUCGCAUUCCUUCUCACCUUCUUUAGCUACGUGUUCCUGCACGCCUCCAGGAAGACGUUCAGCAAUGUGAAAGUGAGCAUCUCGGCCCAGUGGACGCCGACUCCUUGCAAUGGCAGCGCUCCCGCUUUCUCGCCUGGCGAGACAUGGGAGAAAAACCAUCUGUUUGAGAAUGAAGAGCAGGCCACUCUCUUCCUGGGGGCCUUGGACACCAUCUUCCUCUUCUCCUACGCUGUGGGUUUGUAUCUGAGCGGCGUGAUUGGUGACAGGGUGAACCUGCGCUACGUACUCUGCUUCGGCUUGUGCGGGUCUGCCGCCGUGGAUUUUGUGUUUGGCACACUGACUGAGUGGCUCCACGUCUACAAUGUCUACCUCUACUGUAGCCUCUGGGUGCUGAACGGCCUGCUGCAGUCCACUGUCUGGCCCUGCGUGGUCGCCGUCAUGGCCAACUGGUUCGGCAAGACAGGGCGAGGUUUCAUAUUUGGCCUGUGGAGCGCCUGCGCGUCGGUGGGCAACAUCCUUGGCGCCUUCUUGGCAUCCAGCGUGCUCAAGUAUGGCUACGAGUAUGCCUUCCUGGUGACCUCCGUGGUGCAGUUUGGGGGCGGGGUGGUGCUGUUCUUUGGCCUACUCACCUCCCCAAAUGAAAUCGGUCUGACGAUGGAUUGUCAGACAGGACUCUGCCCAGUUGACGCAGAUACCCACAGGCCUCUGAUGAGCGACGGGGAAGAGGAGAAGGAGGACGAUGCAUACGAUUGUCACUACCAAUCAGCGCAACAUCAGUAUGAAGCUCGGCAAGGGUCUUCUAAGGCCGUGGGGUUUUUCCAAGCUUUCUGCCUGCCCGGAGUUCUGCCUUAUUCACUGGCGUUCGCGUGUCUGAAGCUGGUGAACUACUCCUUCUUCUUCUGGCUUCCUUUCUAUUUGAGCAAUAACUAUGGCUGGAAGGAGGCCGAGGCAGAUCGGCUGUCCAUGUGGUACGACGUCGGAGGAAUCAUCGGUGGAACCGUUCAGGGUCUGGUAACUGACUUCUUGGGAAAGCGAGCCCCUGUGUUGGCCUUAAGUCUCACGCUUGCCAUGGCUUCUUUGGUGGGGUACAGCCAUUCGCCAAAUGACAAGACAAUCAACGCUGUCCUGCUGGCCGUCACGGGCUUCCUCAUCGGCGGUCCGUCCAACAUGAUCAGCUCCGCCAUAUCCGCCGACCUGGGGAGGCAGGAGGCCAUCAAGGGCAGCCGGGAGGCUCUCGCCACGGUCACCGGUAUCGUGGAUGGCACGGGAAGUAUUGGAGCUGCCGGAGGACAAUACUUGGUGUCCCUCAUCGAGAGCAAGUUGGGUUGGAUAUACGUGUUCUACUUCUUCGUCGUCAUGACAGGGGGCAGCAUUGUCUUCAUCACGCCAAUGAUCCUGACGGAGGUUCGCGCCAUUUGGAGGGAGCGGCAGACUCGGCAUCACCAGCUCUGAGACCAACGGCUCCUUUUAGCUCCUCGUCCAUCUAUUAUCUGAGCCGCUUAUUCUCACAAGGGUCGCAAUGCUACUUAAAAAAAUGCCUCUGUCGGUGAGUUUCCUUUCCUUCCUCCGACCACCGUGGGGAGCGACCAGAGGAUCACGUCCUCUAAAAAAAUAAAUAUUUUUUUAUUUUGAAAAAUCUGAUGUGAACACGUUUGGGUAUUCUGGAGGAGGAACUGGAAAAUCAGACUCAGUUUCACAAUGUACAUUUUUUAAAUGAUUGUAAAUACCGGAAAAAAAAAAAGAAAGAAAAAUGCACUGUAAGUGUCAGUUGGAUUUCGAGGUUGCACAUGCGGAAAUAGAUUAUAUAGAUAGUGUAUAUCAAUAGAUAGAGCCAUCUUUUUCAUUUCAAAUCAGGUUAAAAAUGUCCUUCCACUGAAGGAUUUGGGUCCUACGAUUUAUGUUCUUUUUCUUCCCGUCAUUCCAAUGACUUUGCCUGACAUUUUAGUCUUAAAUGAUGUAUCGACUGUCAGUCAGCCGGGAACGCGCGAUGAUUCUGUUCGCGGCGAUUGCGAUCGCCCGUCAAUCACGCCACAGACUACUUUGAAACUUUAUGGCGCUCGAGGGCAGUACAACUCCGAACGUGCGGGUGGUACCUCAGUAGAACUCGAACUGGCAUCGAAUGUGGAACUAUCAAUCCUUUUUCUUUUCUAUUUUAUUUAAAUGUACAUUCGAGCACUUUUGAUUGUGUGAAGGAGAAUUUUUGUUUUCAAUAAAUGGGGCUAGCAAGA